AUGAAAACCAAAGCUCACCCAGCAACCGUUCAUGGGCUCGACCAGAAAGCCCACCCUACUCUUCACAGCACAAAAUCGGCGAAUCGAAUCUCAAAAGCAACGAACUCUAAUUCCCCAAUGUCACAGAGGACAAGGACGCCGUACGCCUUCCAAUUUGAGCGACAAACGCCGACUGCAGUCAUCUAUGGAGAAUGUAGCCACAGCUUGCCAGUUGAUGAAAUGGCGAAGAUAUACCAGACUUAUGGAUGGAAUGUUCCAAUGACAAUAUACACUCGCAGCCAAGAUCGGAGCCGGGAGAGAAACGAGGUUCCGGGAUGUAAAUUCCGGAAAUUUUUUGGCACAGACGAAGGCGAAGCCAUAGAGUCCCUUCAACAGAAACAGUUCGUCGGACUGACGGUCUUCAUGCGGGAAGAUGACAAGGAAAAACUCGAUCCUAAGAUCUAUGUGGAGCAAUCAAUUAUCCAAGAUGGGAAAGAAAAAUUGAUAGUGCACGAACUGAACUUUCGGGGUUUAGUUCAGACUGGAAUUGAGUACAUGUUUCGGGGUCUUGGUGAUGAGCACCCUGAAUUCGGAAAAGGAGAUCUUAGGGUUCGGUUUCUGUCUGUAAACAAUGAAAGUUUCGAGACUUACACCAGCGGCGCUGGCUACUACGGCUAUGACCAGACGGUGUAUGCAAUUACAAACCGAAAGAUGCUUGAUCGUGGCCAGGCCAUCUCAACAAAGCAAUCUAGCUGGGGAAAUGAAUUGCAUCAAUAUAGUGUUGCUUUUGACCCGGCAGAUCUUCGGAUCUUACUGGAUACGAAGCAGAAGACAGAAAUGAAAAAGAAGCAGGGAGCAUCAGGUGAAUUGGAAUUACUUAAGCUUUGUAUACAUAAGGUCUUCCCGAGUGAAGAUGGGACAAAGGUCGGCGAUCUGAAUGUGCGAGUUGUUUAUAAGCCUUGA